GGGGGCCGGCGUGCGAGGUCGGAGGUCGUGAGGCGGGGUUGGCGCCGGCAGCCACCACCUCUGGAGCCUCCUCAUCCUCAUCCUUCGUUCUUCAUCCCUAGUGCUCGAGGGCAGCCGGAACCGUGAACGCGCGCCGAGGAUGGCCCUGAGCGACGAGCCGGCCGCGGUAGACCCGGGGGCGCAGGAGGAGGAUGCCGGCCGCGAGCCCGACGCGCUUGCCCGCGGCGGCGUCCUGGAGUCGUUCGGGGAGAGCGCGGAGACGCGCGAGCUGCUCGGCCGCCUGCGGGACGUGCAUGGCGAGCUGGCGGCGCGGGAGGUGGCCCUGGAGCGGUUCCGAGUGAUAAUGGACAAGUACCAGGAGCAGCCUCACCUGUUGGACCCUCACCUUGAAUGGAUGAUGAACUUGUUGUUGGACACAGUGCAAGAUAAGACGUCUCCAACUAGCCUCGUUCAUCUGGCUUUUAAAUUUCUCUACCUCAUCACCAAGGUUCGAGGAUAUAAAAUAUUUCUUCGUUUAUUUCCUCACGAAGUGGCUAAUGUACAGCCUGUUUUAGAGAUGUUUACAAAUCAGAACCCUAAAGACCAUGAAACUUGGGAAACCCGCUACAUGCUGUUACUGUGGCUCUCUGUGACCUGCCUGAUCCCUUUUGAUUUUUCACGCCUUGACGGGAACCUCAUCGCUCAGCCUGGGCCAGCGCGGAUGUCCAUAACGGACCGUAUUCUCCAUAUCGCAGAGUCCUACUUGGUCGUCAGUGACAAGGCCCGCGACGCGGCUGCCGUCCUUGUGUCCAAGUUUAUUACUCGCCCAGACGUCAAGCAGAAGAAGAUGGCUGACUUCCUGGACUGGACCCUCCACACAUUGGCCCAUUCCUCCUUCCAGACCAUUGAUGGGACCAUCACCAUGGAUGGGGUGCUGCAGGCCCUGGCACAAAUAUUUAAACAUGGAAAACGUGAAGACUGUUUACCCUAUGCGUCCACCAUUCUCGAGUGCCUCAAUAACUGCAGACUCUCAGAAAGCAACCAAACCCUCCUCCGGAAACUCGGGGUGAAGCUCGUCCAGCGGCUGGGUUUGACCUUCCUGAAACCCAAGGUGGCAAAGUGGAGGUACCAGCGUGGUUGCCGAUCUCUGGCUGCUAAUCUGAAGCUUUCUACCCAGGGGCAAAACAAGCAGGUGCCCAACACUGGGACUCCUGACGGAGAGGAAGACUACGACGUGCCAGAGGAGGUGGAGAAUGUGAUAGAGCAGCUGCUGGCUGGGCUGAAGGACAAGGACACGGUCGUGCGGUGGUCGGCAGCCAAAGGUGUUGGCAGGAUAGCUGGACGGCUUCCCAAGGACCUGGCAGACGAUGUGGUGGGUUCUGUGCUGGAUUGUUUCAGCUUCCAGGAGACGGACAACGCGUGGCACGGUGGAUGCCUGGCGCUGGCAGAGCUGGGCAGAAGAGGCCUGCUGCUCCCCGCUCGACUCACCGACGUUGUUGCCGUGAUCCGGAGAGCACUGACCUAUGACGAGAAGCGGGGUGCCUGCAGUGUGGGUGCCAACGUCAGGGACGCCGCCUGCUACGUGUGCUGGGCCUUCGCGCGCGCCUACGAGCCGACAGAGCUGCGGCCCUUCGUGGCCGAAAUCUCCAGUGCUCUGGUGAUUGCCACCGUGUUUGAUCGAGACGUGAACUGCAGAAGAGCCGCCUCGGCUGCUUUCCAGGAGAAUGUGGGAAGACAGGGCACUUUUCCUCAUGGCAUUGAUAUUUUGACCACAGCUGACUAUUUUGCUGUUGGUAACAGAUCCAACUGUUUCCUGGUUAUAAGUGUGUUCAUUGCUGGGUUUCCAGAGUACACCCAACCCAUGAUAGACCAUCUGGUUGCUGUGAAGAUCAGCCACUGGGAUAGAGUCAUCCGAGAGCUGUCUGCGAAGGCACUGCAGAACUUGGCCUGGUGUGCUCCCGAGUACUGUGCCGUGCAAGUUUUCCCAAAACUGCUGUCCUUGACGCAGAGUCCCGACCUGCACACGCGCCAUGGGGCGAUCCUUGCCUGCGGGGAGGUCACCUGUGCGUUACAAAGACUUGCGGCCCAGGACGGCAGGUCUGUCACAGACUACCUGGACGAGAAGGCCGUGGAGGGGCUGAAGCAGAUUCACCAGCAGCUCUAUGAUCAUCAGUUAUACAGGGGUCUAGGAGGAGAACUCAUGAGACAAGCAGUGUGUGUUUUAAUAGAAAACCUGUCACUUUCCAAAAUGCCUUUUAAAGGUGACAUCAUAAUUGAUGGCUGGCAGUGGCUGAUCAAUGACACGCUCCGGAGUCUCCACCUGGUCUCCAGUCACUGUAGACAGCAGGUCAAGGAGGCAGCUGUCUCGGCAUUGGCUGCACUCUGCAGCGAGUACUACCUGAAGGAGCCAGGCGAGGCAGACCCCGCUGUGGUGGAUGCUCUGAUGCAGCAGUACCUCACCGAGCUCCAGAGCCCUGAGGAGAUGACACGCUGUGGCUUUGCGCUGGCCUUGGGGGCCCUUCCUGGCUUCCUGCUGAAGGGCAGGCUGCAGCAGGUUCUGGCAGGUCUGAGAGCCAUUACCCACAUCUCCCCCAAGGACGUGAGUUUUGCCGAGGCCCGGAGAGACACCUUGAGGGCCAUCGCUAGGAUCUGCCUGACAGUUGGAGUGAGCGCAGAAGGCGUCCCUGAUGAGGUCUUGUGUGAGGCAAACGUCCCCCAGAUUUACUCCACACUACUCGACUGCAUGAACGACUACACCAUGGACAGCAGGGGGGACGUGGGAGCCUGGGUCCGUGAGGCUGCAAUGACGAGUCUGAUGGAGCUGACGCUCCUGCUGGGGAGGAGCCGGCCAGAGCUGAUUGGAGCCAGCGUCUGCAAGCGAGUCCUGUGCUGCGUGGCCCAGCAGGCCAGUGAGAAGAUCGACCGCAUCCGCGCCCGCGCCGGUGAUGUGCUCCUGACACUGCUGCACUUCGACAGCCCCCCACUCCCCCACGUGCCCCACCGAGAGGAGCUAGAGCAGAUCUUCCCAAGGUCGGACGUGGCCGCCAUUAACUGGAAGGCACCCUCCCAGGUGUUCCCGCGUAUCACCCAGCUCCUGGGGCUGCCAGGGUUCCGCUACCACGUGCUGCUGGGGCUGGCCGUGUCCGCCGGCGGCCUGACAGAGUCCACGGUCAAGUACUCAGCACAGAGCCUGUGCGAGUACGUGAAGAGUGUUCAGAAAGACCCACAGGCCAUGGACUGCCUCAGUGGAACCCUCCUGCAGAUCUUCGAGGAUAACCUUCUGAACGACAGGGUGUCCGUGCCACUGCUGAAGACACUGGACCAGAUGCUGGCCACCGGGUGCUUUGAUGUCUUCACGGUGGUGGAGGACCACCCCUUUGCUGUGAAGUUGCUUGCACUUUGCAAGGAGGAAAUCAGGAAAUCCAAAGACAUCCAGAAGCUUCGAUCAAGCAUCUCUGUGUUUUGUGGAAUGAUUCCAUUUCCAGGGGACGUGAGAAAGAAAGUGCUUCUGCAGUUGCUUCUUCUUCUCUGCCAUCCGUUUCCCAUCAUCCGGAACACCACGGCCAGCCACGUGUACGAAAUGGUGCUCACCUUUGGUGAGGAGGUCACAGGUGCCGAGGCUCUGGACGAGGUCAUAGCUGUGCUCGGUGACACAGUCUGGGACGCAGAGCUCCCGCUGGUAAGGGAGCAGCGGAACCGCCUGUGCGACCUCCUCCAGGUACCCAGACCCCAGCUGGUUUCCAAGCCCAGUCCCCGCUGAAGCGGUGUCCUGGGAGUUGGACCCCUUGAUCCACUCCCACCUGGUGCAGAAGGCCCAAGAUGUCCUGCUUCUGAGGAGGGAGGAGCCAGAUGCCAGUGGUCAGCAUGCAGAGGCUGGGCAGCAGCAUGGGCCGUGCUCCAGCUCACACAGAGGCCAAGACUCUGCAUCAGUAACCACGACAGCAGUUUUCCCUCAUGGGCUCCCUGCACUCCAGUGUCCUGAACUAUAGAUGCUCUUGCCUUCACUGGAAACACAAGUGUGCCCCUAUAAAAUCAUGUAUUAAGCAGCA